CCUUCUCUACGUUCGAUCCCCUCUAUGAUCACACAUUGAUUGGAAGCGAAAAAAGUUAAUAACACUUUACAAACCCCAUACAGCAUCAGCUCGAGUUGCUCAACUCAAACACCGAUCCCCACUCACGCCAUCACACCAACUCCAACCGAGGCAUACCAACUCCAAGUGCACCAAAACCUCUCCAAGAACGCAAAACCUCCUCAUAAAUCGUAGCAACGAGACAUCUCAUAAGCUCACGCCGAAAGGCGACCAAGGGCGCGAGACCAUGUCAUCGUUGCCGGAGGACGACGCGGGCAGCGACCCGCCGGUCGCGUGGUGGAAAACAGCCUCGCCGGUGGGCGGCGACGUCGUCCUCUCCGGUGUCGUCCUCCUCUUCGUGGCCCUCGCCUUCGCGUUCGUCCUGUACCACUACUUCACGGCCAGUCGCCGCGGCCCGCGGGACGGCGUGUUGGUGUCGUCGUCGAGCGGCCAGCGCGGCACGUACAGAGGUGAUGCCGCGGCUGGCACCAGCGACCGAGGCGGCGUCGACCCGGCGGUGCUCCAGAAGUUGCCGGUGAUGGUGUACAGGGCGAAGGACAGCGCGGGAGAGGCGCUGGAGUGCGUCGUGUGCCUCGCCGAGCUCGCCGACGGUGAGGCGGCCAGGUUCUUGCCCGGGUGCGGGCACGGUUUCCACGCCGAGUGCGUCGACCUGUGGCUGCGGGGCCACUCCACCUGCCCGCUCUGCCGCCUCGACAUCGACAAGACGGACGCCCUCCUUGCGCCCUCCCCGUCGGCCCUCCCUCCGGCGCUGCCGGAGCCCGCGAACUACCCAACAAACCUGCCGACGAACGUCCUGUUCUGGGGUUCCCAGGACACGGUGACGACCGCGACAACCGCCGGCCCGAGCUCUCCCGGUGGAGCAUCAGCGGCCCUGGUCAUCGAGAUCCGUGAGACGGCACCGGCUGUGGCGCCGCCGCGUGAAGGUGACGCGGAGAAGGCGCAGGGCUUGGCGAGGAUGAGCUCGCUCAGGCGGCUGUGGAACAGAGGGAGGCAUGAGGCGGCUGCUACGAGCUCCCCCGUUCGUGCUGCGGCUGCUGCCGUGCCGCUGCAGAUGAUGACACUGAGCGAGCACCUGCAUCGCUGACAGUGAAGUGUGUUACAAGAUGAAACGUGUACUUGGACUUGCACAUACAAAGCCUGACGGUGGAGUUAGGAAAGUUGGCCUUUUGGUUUUCUGCUCUACACGCGAACGUAUUAGACCUUUGUUGCAUGCUAACCCGGUAGAUUGACAACAUCCGAGUGCAUAGUACAAAGCUGCAGUUUAACUAUUCCCUCUCGAAAAAAUUGCUUAAGUUCA